UCCAGUUUGUUGUCGUUUGACAGCUUUGUAUGCGGCAGGGCAGGCGUAGCGGUAGCGUACCUUAGUUAUCGGGGAUUUCUUCAGUCGGUGGUUUGAGUUUGGUGAAGUUAGAGUGUCUGUCUGUGAACCAAGACGUAUAACUCACAGUAGUGCUUUUGUUUAUUUUGUGUUAACAGUGGUUUGUGUUCGAGUGAUACUUUAUGGAAUCGUAGCUUUCUGUUCAUUUCUAAUGGUUUUUAUUUUGGCAUGACAGUAUUGUACGAUUGUAAUUAUUGUGUUUCGACGAGAAUUUAGUUUAGUUUAUUUUGUUUGGUUUGAAUUCCUGAUUUCAAUAUUAUGCCGGCAGCAGAGAUGACAAUGACGACGGACGAAAAGGAACCCGACAAAGCGCCCGUGGUCAACGGUACGGAAACGUUGCCUCGUCAGACUGGAAAACAGUCGGACCCCAGCACUGCCUUCCUGCGCGCUGCCCGCGCCGGCCACCUAGACAAGGUGCUCGAACUUCUCGACUCUGGGGUGGACAUCAACUCUUGCAAUGCUAAUGGACUGAACGCCCUUCACCUUGCAGCGAAGGACGGACACGUCGACAUUGUCUCAGAGUUACUCAAGAGGGGGUGUGUCGUGGACGCAGCCACCAAAAAGGGAAACACUGCCUUGCACAUCGCUGCUCUAGCGGGACAAGAGGAGGUGGCUAGGAUACUGGUACAGAAUGGUGCUGUGGUGAAUGUGCAGAGUCUCAACGGUUUCACCCCUCUCUACAUGGCAGCUCAAGAGAACCAUGAUGGUGUUGUCAAAUUCCUGCUGAGCAAAGGGGCUAAUCAGGCCCUAGCUACUGAGGAUGGUUUCACACCUCUUGCCGUAGCCAUGCAGCAAGGCCAUGACAAGGUGGUGGCUGUACUGUUAGAGAAUGACACCAGAGGCAAAGUGAGACUACCGGCACUGCACAUCGCGGCUAAAAAAGAUGACUGCAAAGCUGCUGCGCUCUUACUGCAGAAUGAGCACAAUCCUGAUGUGACAUCAAAGAGUGGGUUCACCCCGCUCCACAUCGCAGCACACUAUGGCAAUGUGAACAUCGCCAACUUACUGCAACAAAAGAAUGCCAACAUCAAUUAUGCUGCCAAGCACAACAUCACGCCGCUACACGUUGCCUCCAAGUGGGGAAAGUUGCCAAUGGUUCAGUUCCUGAUAGAGAAGGGGGCUGCCAUAGAGAGUAAGACACGGGAUGGUCUCACGCCACUUCACUGUGCCGCACGCUCUGGCCACGACCAGGUUGUGGAUAUGCUGGUGGAGAACAAGGCACCUCUAUGUUCCAAGACCAAGAAUGGACUGUCACCACUGCACAUGGCAUCGCAGGGAGACCACGUGGACGCAGCCCGGAUCCUGCUGUACCACGGAGCCCCUGUGGAUGAGGUUACAGUGGACUAUCUGACCGCACUACAUGUGGCGGCGCACUGCGGACAUGCGCGAGUUGCCAAGCUGCUGUUAGACCGCAAGGCUGAUCCCAAUGCACGGGCACUCAACGGCUUCACCCCACUCCACAUCGCUUGUAAGAAGAAUAGGAUCAAAGUUGUCGAGCUGCUCCUUAAGUAUGGAGCCUCUAUUGAGGCCACAACUGAGUCCGGAUUGACACCACUGCACGUAGCCAGUUUCAUGGGCUGUAUGAACAUCGCUAUCUACUUACUGCAGCAUGACGCCAGCCCGGACGUAGCUACAGUACGUGGCGAGACCCCUCUACAUCUGGCUGCUCGAGCAAGUCAGGCCGAUAUUGUACGUAUUCUCCUGCGAAACAAUGCGAGUGUAGAUGCAAGAGCACGUGAAGAUCAGACUCCCCUCCACGUGGCGUCACGGCUCGGUAACAGUGACAUCGUGAUGCUUCUGUUACAACACGGUGCAUCGGUUGAUGCCACCACCAAGGAUCUUUACACCCCACUGCACAUCGCUGCAAAGGAGGGACAGGAUGAGGUGGCGUCAGUGUUGAUGGAGAAUGGUGCGUCUCUAUCUGCCACAACCAAGAAGGGUUUCACUCCACUCCACUUGGCAGCCAAGUAUGGGAAUAUGAAAGUUGCCAAACUGUUGCUACAGAGGGAUGCACCUGUCGAUGCUCAGGGCAAGAAUGGAGUGACACCACUUCACGUUGCCAGUCACUACGAUCACCAGAAUGUUGCUCUGCUGUUGUUAGACAAGGGUGCAUCACCUCACGCCACAGCCAAGAAUGGACAUACUCCACUGCAUAUAGCUGCCAGGAAGAACCAGAUGGACAUAGCGACGACUCUGCUGGAGUAUGGAGGAAAGGCCAAUGCAGAGUCGAAGGCUGGGUUCACUCCUCUCCACCUGUCAGCGCAGGAGGGACACACGGACAUGACAAGUCUGCUUAUAGAGCAUCAGGCCAAUGUAGAUCAUCAGGCCAAGAAUGGGCUGACUCCCCUCCAUCUCUGUGCUCAAGAGGAUAAGGUCAAUGUGGCUGCAAUUCUAGUCAAAAAUGGUGCUAAUGUUAAUUCUGUCACUAAGGCAGGCUACACGCCACUACACGUCGCAAGUCACUUUGGCCAGCUGAACAUGGUGCGGUUCCUGCUGGAAAAUGGUGCCAAUGUAGACCCUAGCACAGGCCUGGGAUACACUCCUCUACACCAGGCAGCACAACAGGGGCACACCCUUAUUAUCACACUGCUGCUCAAACACAAGGCUAACCCCAAUGCUGUGACCAACAAUGGACAAACUGCUCUUUCAAUAGCCAACAAGUUGGGCUACAUAAGUGUGAUUGAGACUCUUAAGGUGGUCACUGAGACCACCAUAACCACCACAACUACCACCACUAUUGAGGAGAAGUACAAGGUGGUUGCACCAGAAGCCAUGCAGGAAACCUUCAUGUCUGAUUCGGAGGAUGACGGAGGUGGGGACGAAAUGUUGGCAAUGGCGAUGAAUGUUUACGGGAAGCCCACACAUGCUCAACACGUCUACCUGCCAUACUACCAGGGACAGAUGCUCUACACCCGUGAAGACCCGAUGUUAAGUGAUCAGCAGCAGUAUCGCUACAUGACUGUAGAUGAUAUGAAGUCUCUAGGUGACGACUCACUCAAAAUCGAUGUGACAAGAGAUGAGAGAGGUGACCAUCUGCGUGACUCUAUUGCACCAGGAAAUGAGCUGAUUAUAAGUCCACACUACCUAAAGGAACAGUACCAGGCAAACCAGGCCAGCCAGGCUAACCAGUCCACAACCAGUAUACCGGACAAUGUGGACAUAGCGAGAACCCCGAUGCAUGUUGGACUGGUGAGGUUAGAUGACUCGCUGAGUCGACUGGGCGACGGCAGCAAGACUGGCGGAAUGUGGAGGGACAGCAAGCAUCAUUGGAAAAACUUCUUGGUGAGUUUCCUGGUGGAUGCACGGGGAGGGGCGAUGCGAGGCUGUCGACACUCUGGUGUCCGCGUGAUUGUACCGCCACGCAAGGCUGCCAGCCCUAUGCGGGUUACUUGUCGUUACCUGCGCCGGGAGAAACUGAUUCACCCUCCACCCCUGGGUGAGGGCGAGGCAUUAGCCAGUCGGAUACUAGAACUUGGACCAGCCGGUGCUAAGUUUUUUGGGCCUGUGAUAAUAGAAGUACCGCAUUUUGCGUCACUGCGAGGACGAGAGCGGGAACUGGUGGUUUUGAGAUGUGACAACGGCACAACCUGGCGGGAACAUACUCUGGACGCUAAUGAGGAGGCUGUGCAGGAGGUGUUAAAUGAAAGCUUCCAGGGCGAAGAGCUCCGGCAGCUGGAAGAUCUACAGACAAGUCGCAUCACAAGGAUAGUGACGGUAGACUUCCCACAGUAUAUCGCAGUGGUGUCCAGGAUACGCCAGGAACUCCACGCCAUCGGGCCAGAGGGAGGUGUGGUGUCCUCUACAGCUGUGCCACAGGUUCAGGCUCUCUUCCCACCCAAUGCUCUCACGAAAAAGAUUAGGGUUGGCCUCCAAGCACAACCAAUAGCACCUGAAGUGGUUUCAAAACUGUUGGGUAACCGAGUGGCUAUCUCUCCUAUCGUAACGGUUGAGCCACGCAGACGCAAGUUCCACAAGCCCAUCACCCUGACCAUCCCCGUACCCACAGCUGCCAACAAGGGAAUGAUCAACCAGUACAGUGGUGAUGCCCCCACACUCCGCCUCCUCUGCAGUAUCACAGGAGGCAACUCUAGAGCCCAGUGGGAAGAUGUGACAGGCUCGACACCACUCACCUUUGUCAAGGAUUGUGUCUCGUUCACCACCACAGUCUCCGCCAGAUUCUGGCUCAUGGACUGCCGCCAUGUCAGCAAUGCUAGCAACAUGGCCUCUGAACUCUACAAAGAAGUCAGUCACGUUCCCUUCAUGGCCAAAUUCGUAGUUUUCGCCAAGAGGAUUGAUCCCAUGGAAGCCAGGCUAAGGGUAUUCUGUAUGACAGAUGAUCGAGAAGACAAAACACUGGAACAUCAAGAACACUUUACAGAAGUCGCUAAAAGUAGGGACGUAGAGGUGCUGGAAGAUAAAUCAGUGUUUGUGGAGUUUGCUGGGAAUCUAGUACCUAUCACAAAAUCCGGAGACCAGUUGGAACUGAGCUUUAAGGCUUUCCGAGAGAACAGGUUACCUUUCACCGUACGAGUGCGGGACGCCGAAGAGAAGGCUAUGGCUCGUAUUCUCUUCAUGCCUGAUCCUAAGGUGGCGCGAGGAGAGCCAUGUCAGAUGCCAAUCUGUACACUGAACAUAACCUUACCAGAGGACAUCAUUCAUGAGCCCACCCCCUCAGAAUCAGACCUCUACUUAAUUGACAAGAACUAUAGUUUCCUCAGAGACCACGGUUUGGGUAACACAGAAACGAUACACAGGGCGGAUAUCCGACUGUCGGACAUCUGCAACCUGUUGAGUAUGGACUGGGAGCCCCUAGCCCUGGAGCUGGGUCUCACGCAAACCGAUGUGGAACUGAUCAAGUCCGAGUACCGCAACAACGUGCGUCAACAGGCUAUGAUCAUGCUGCGGCUGUGGAUGCAGAGCAAGGGUGGGCAGGCCACUGGUAACAAUCUGGAGAAGGCAUUGAAGGCUAUCCACAGAGAAGAUAUCGUGACCCAGUGUAUACAAAAUGUAGAGCUGGUGACAGAUGAUGUAGAGAGAGCAGUGGCGAAGGUACACCUAGACCAGUCCGGGUUUGACACACUGAAGGAUGAGCUGGGACCCUCAAGAGAUACUUCACUGCGACGCAACACAUCCAUGGACCAGAGCUUCAACUACAAUGACUCCAAAUGUUUGGACUCAAUAGAAGCUUGCAGCACACCUAAAAAAGAAAAAGAUCUGUAUUCGGAAAGUGAAGAUACAGUUGACAGUUUGAAACUACCGUCUAAAUAUGAAGCUGAAGAGAAGAAAAUAACAGCUGACUUCCUCAACCAUGAAGUUUCAGUUCUGGAUUCAAGUAAAGAUCUCAAAAGGAAAACAUCAAAAACACCACCACCUAGUCCAGCGGAAUUCCCCUCUGAAUUAGAUUGGUCAAAAACAACAAGUGUUGUGACAGGAAACGGACUGGACAAUGGCAAAUGGGAGACAACACAAAUCAUCCACUCUGAACAGAGGAUACAGUCCACACCUUUGGACAAGGACAGUCAGUGUGUAAGCAGUGACUCAGACAGUGACUGUAUGGAUGGGCCAGUGCCGGAUGUACGAGGGACGAACCGUGGUGGCCCAGGCAGGGUGAAGCGUAAGACCUUAGGAAGUUCCAGCGGCUCCGAUGUGGCUAUGCACGAGGGUGGUGACUUAUCGGAUGAUGACCACACAGGAUCAGAUCUGGCCCACGAGCUAACUAAUGUGGGCAGUGAGGUUGACAUUCGCAGGUAUGUUCCAGGCGUAGCUGGGCUCUCGCCGUGAAGCCACAGGAUGGACAAUCCUUAAAACUCCAACAAAAUUAUUUAUUGACAAGUCUAUAUUUAUUACUAGAAACAGAGAAAUUAACUAAUCAUUGUUGAAAAUCAGAUUUUGAAUUCUAUGAAAGUUUAUAAAUCGUUUUCAGCUUAGAGCGCGCUGUCAGUAUUAUCUUGCAUUGUUGAAGCACUCUUCUUGUUACUAUGAGAUGCACGAAUAAUUUAUAAAGUAUAAAUAUUAUUUUAAAUUUUAAAACAUAGAAGUAACUAGGUUGUAUUAAAAUUGUUUAAUAUUAUAUUUAACUAUGUAAUAUAUUAAAUAAAUAUUGCUGCUAUAGUUAA